AUGGUCUCUCUACCAGACGUCCAGUCCUCAAAUGCCCACAUCGCCGACACACUCCCAGCAGGCCUCGUGGCAGUCUUCGUAGGCGCAACAAGCGGCAUCGGCGAAGCAGCCUUAAAAGAGUUCGCCCGCUCAGCACGAUCGCCCCGCGCAUACUUCAUCGGCCGGUCGCAAGAAGCCGCAGCCCGCAUCACAGCCGAAUGCCGACAGCUGAACCCGGAGGGAGAAUUUACCUUCAUCAAAGCGGACGUCAGUUUGAUUCGGAACGUCGACAAGGUCUGUCGCGAGCUUCAAAACAAAGAAAAGAGUAUCAACAUCCUCUUCCUCAGCUGUGGAACUAUUCGUUCCGGAGAAGAUACAUCCGAAGGCCUCCACAUCUUGGGUGCAGCUGCAUACUACGCUCGAACACGAUUCAUCAUCAACCUCCUCCCCAAUCUCAAACAAGCAACGGGCCUACGGCGCGUGGUCAGCGUUCUCGCCGGCGGCCAUGAAGGUCCCAUCGACGUGACUGACUUCCAAGGAAGGACGAUGUCAAUGCUGAAGCUACGUGGACAUGUGGUGUCCAUGACUGAUAUGGUUUUGGAAACACUGGCCGAGCAAGCGCCAGAAGUGUCAUUUAUUAUCGAUUACCCUGGCGCAGUCAAGACGGGCAUUGGGCGCGAGUCCAAUACUUUUCUGACCUGGCUUAUGAAUGUCGUGCUCAUGGUUAUCGGGCCUUUGGUUUACAUCCCGAUUCGGGAGUCCGGGGAGAGACAUCUUUUCUUUGCGACGAGUGCUAAAUAUCCUCCCCGUGUCUGCUUGGAUGCCGCGGGGAAUUCCGCUGGUGUGCCCUUGUCGGAGGAGGUUGAGGUUGCCAGUGGGACGGAUGGGAAGGUUGGGAGUGGUGUUUACACUAUUCACUGGAAUGGAGAGCACGCUGGUCCUAAGGUUGUGAAGUUGUUGGCUGGACUUCGCGCGGAGGGGAUGGCGCAGAAGGUUUGGCAGCAUACGGUUGGUGAAUUUGAUAGAAUCAUAGGGUCGAAGGACGUCUGA